UCGCUCUCUAACACUCUGUUUGGAUCCCAAUAAAAUAUAAACGCUGACUCGUUCAGUGCUAAACAAACUUAGAACAAAAUAUUGGGUUCCCAUUUCCCAAAUAGUUGUUAUCUUAUUCUCAAUCUAACAUUUAUUUUUGUCUAAUUGUAUAUUCAGAUGAGUUUGAGUAUGAGUUUGUGUGGUAGUUAUAGUCUUCAGUUUCCAUGUCGCAGAAUUGCAAGCUGCAAUCUUCACAACGAUGGCAGCCAUGUUGUUCCCGUCAAUACGCACCAAAAGCCUUCGGAGCCUAAAAAUUGUCUUCAGCCAAAAUGGAAGAUUAAUGGCAAUAAUUUGACCACAUGGAUUGGAGUCAUGACAGGUACACACUUGGUUGCUCCAGUUGCUGCAAAAGCUGAAGUGGCUUCUUCUAUUUAUGCUUUGGCUGAUGGAAGCCUCGGUGACUGGUUUGGAGGCUUUCUAUUUUCAGCUGGACAACAGGCAAACGAAGCUGUUCAGGGCCAACUAUCAUCUCUCAGUUUCACUAGUUUGGCUGUAAUUUAUGGGGCAGGGCUUGUAACCAGCCUCUCUCCCUGUACACUUAGUGUCUUACCGCUGACCCUUGGUUACAUUGGUGCAUUUGGCUCUGGCAAAAGCAGAUCAGAGGUAGUUGGAGAUUCCAUUGCGUUUUCCUUGGGUCUUGCAACCACAUUAGCACUGUUGGGUGUAGGAGCUUCAUUUGCAGGAAAAGCUUAUGGACAAAUUGGACAAGGAUUGCCUUUGGCUGCUUCUGGUUUGGCAAUAAUUAUGGGUCUGAAUCUUCUCGAGAUAAUUGAAUUACGGCUGCCAUCAUUCUUUGACAGUUUUGAUCCACGUGCAGCAGCUGCCAAUUUUCCAUCCAGUGUGCAAGCAUACCUGGCUGGGCUUACAUUUGCAUUAGCAGCCUCACCUUGUAGUACACCUGUUCUGGCAACCCUUCUGGGCUAUGUUGCUGCAUCCAAGGAUCCUGUGAUUGGAGGCAGCUUGCUUUUGACAUACACAACUGGUUAUGUUUCUCCCUUACUAUUGGCUGCGUCUUUUGCUGGAGCCUUACAAAGCUUGCUUUCAUUUCGCAAGUUUUCAGCAUGGAUAAAUCCUAUAAGCGGAGCAAUGUUGUUAGGUGGUGGUGUAUAUACUUUCUUGGAUAGGCUGUUCCCAGCUACAAUGGUGAUGUAGAAAAUCUCUUGGCUCUUGAUAGGCCAUGAUCUCUUACUUUAAGACUUACAUGUAUAUAUGUCAUACAAAGUACUUAAUUAAAUAGAAUCAAAUAUGAGAUUAUUGCACAUCA